AUGUCCGAUUCGUCGUCUUCUUCGGACGAAGAUGAACGGGUGCAGGAGGAAAAACACGAAAACGAGGAAAUCGAUGAGGCGACAACGUUCGAAAAACUGGGUGUUGUAGAGGUUUUAUGUGAAGCAUGCAGUCGUUUGGAUUGGAAAUCACCAACCAAGGUGCAAUCCGGGAAAACUGCUGCUUUCGCCCUGCCGAUAUUGCAGGCGCUGCUGGAAACACCGCAGAAAUUGUUCGCCCUAGUGCUCACCCCAACCAGAGAGUUGGCCUUUCAGAUUGGCGAACAAUUCAGCGCCCUAGGAGUUUCAAUUGGCGUACAAGUUGCUGUUAUUGUUGGUGGUGUUGAUAUGGUAACUCAGGCGUUAGCCCUCUCAAAACGUCCGCACAUCAUUGUUGCAACACCAGGACGUCUGGUAGACCAUUUGGAAAAUACGAAAGGUUUUAAUCUACGAGCACUGAAGUAUUUGGUAAUGGAUGAAGCGGAUCGAAUUUUGAAUAUGGAUUUUGAAGUGGAACUGGAGAAAAUAUUGAAAGUUAUACCAAGGGAACGACGAACAUACCUAUAUUCGGCUACCAUGACCAAAAAGGUAGCAAAAUUGGAACGAGCUUCACUCAAAGAUCCAGUGAGGAUUGAAGUGAAUUCGAAAUAUCAAACUGUUGAAAAACUCAAGCAAUAUUACAUAUUUAUACCUCACAAAUAUAAAGAAGCAUACCUUGUUUAUAUACUAAAUGAAAUGGCUGGACAAACAGCAAUUGUCUUUUGCGCCACAUGUGCAUCAGCGCUGAAGAUUGCGCUGAUGUUGCGGCAACUUGGUUUUGGUGCAGUCCCUCUGCACGGGCAAAUGAGCCAGGCCAAACGACUUGGCUCAUUGAACAAAUUCAAGAGCAAAACAUCAACGAUUCUUGUUUGCACUGAUGUCGCAUCAAGAGGCUUGGAUAUACCGCAUGUGGAUGCUGUAUUGAAUUACGAUGUGCCAACACAGUCCAAGGAUUAUGUGCACCGUGUUGGGCGCACUGCUCGAGCUGGCCGAUCCGGUGUUGCUGUUACCUUCGUUACGCAGUACGAUGUUGAGAUGUACCAACGGAUUGAACAUCUGAUGGGCAAAAAGCUGCCGUUGUAUGAAACAGUGGAAAACGAUGUUAUGUUACUUGUGGAACGAGUUGAUGAGGCGCAGAAAUUAGCCAAACAAGAGCUCAAAGAGAUGGAUGAAAAGAAGGGUAAAAAAAGGAAGCGUCUUGCUGAGGAUGACGAAUUGGACGAUACGGAAGAAAGUAAUUAUAGGAAAAAAUUCAAACGUAAGCAGAAAGGUGGUCGUGGCCCAGCAAUGAAAUCAGGAAGGAGGAAAUUUUGA